AUGCGGCGCCGCUGGCUUAUGGUGCCUCUGCUCAUGCAGGUGUGGCUGGCAGCAUCUCCGUCCCUCAGCGAGCGUCCAUGCCCCAAGAGCUGUCGCUGCGAUGGGAAAAUUGUCUACUGUGAGUCCAGCGGUUUUCGCGAUGUGCCCAAGAACCUCUCAGGGGGCUGCCAAGGCCUGUCCUUACGCUACAACAGUCUGGUCAGUCUCAGAGCUGGACAGUUUGUGGGCCUCAACCAGCUCAUCUGGCUCUACUUAGACCACAACUACAUUGCCUCUGUAGACGUACUGGCCUUCCAAGGCGUCCGAAGGCUCAAGGAGCUGAUACUGAGCUCAAACAAGAUCACAAUGCUCCACAACACCACUUUCCACCCUGUACCCAACCUCCGCAACCUGGACCUGUCUUACAACAAACUGGCGUCUCUGCAGCCGGGCCAGUUCCAGGGCCUCCGCAAGCUCCUCAGCCUGCACAUGCGCUCCAACUCCUUGAAAAGCAUUCCUGUGCGUCUGUUCCAGGACUGCAGAAACCUGGAGUUCCUGGACCUGGGCUACAACCGCCUGCGCAGCAUCACACGCAACGCCUUCUCAGGCCUGCUGAAGCUGACCGAGCUGCACCUGGAGCACAACCAGUUUUCCAAGAUAAACUUUUCCCACUUCCCACGCCUCUACAACCUGCGGGCGCUGUACCUGCAGUGGAACCGCAUCCGCUCCAUGAGCCAGGGCCUGACCUGGACCUGGACCUCCCUGCAGAAGCUGGACCUGUCUGGCAAUGAUCUGCAAGAGGUGGAUGCUACAGUCUACCAAUGCUUGCCCAACCUUCAAACACUCAAUCUGGAUUCCAACAAGCUGACCAACGUGUCCCAGGAGACCGUGUCUGCCUGGAUCUCUCUGAUCACCAUCAGCCUGGCGGGGAACGUGUGGGACUGUGGUCCUGUGGUCUGCCCCCUGGUGGUCUGGCUGAGGAACUUCAAGGGGAACAAGGAGAACAACAUGAUCUGCGCUGCCCCCAAGGAAGCGCAGGGAGAGAAGGUCAUGGAUGCUGUUGACACCCACAGUGUGUGUCGGGAUAACGCAAUCACACCCAUCACGGCCAGCGCCCCACCCACACCAUCUAAUGACCCAGACCAGACAGAGCGCCGCCCAGUCUACCCCACACCACCCACGCAAGGUGGGAAGAGGGGGGAGGGAUCCAAAGGAGGCCCUACGUCUCCAGCUGUUACCUCGGUUGUGGCGCCACCACCUGAACAGUUUGAGCCUGUGUCCUUUCACAAGAUAGUGGCGGGGAGCGUUGCCCUGUUCUUGUCUGUGGUGAUGAUCCUGUUGGUGAUCUACGUUUCGUGGAAGCGCUAUCCCAGCAGUGUCAAGCAGCUGCAGGAGCACUCGGCCGCAGCUCGUAAGCGUCGGAAAAAAGCCAGAGAGACGGAGCGCACGCUGAGUUCCCCACUGCAGGAGUACUAUGUGGACUACAAGCCCACCAAUUCGGAGGCCAUGGACGUGCUUGUCAAUGGGACUGGCUCCUGCACCUACACCAUCUCAGGCUCCAGGGAAUGCGAGGCCCCGCACCAGAUGGGCGCCCUAACGUACUACCGGUAUGAGCAGCCUAUCGUGGACUACUGCCAAGCCCAUCAGCCCCUGCGGCUCAACAUGGGCUACGAGGGCCCCCCACAGGGCCUGGAGGAGCUGGGGCCACGCGAGAGGGCCACCAUACAGACUGUAGCGCUGCCCACUGUGCCCUCUGCCACCAUGGGGGUGAGGGCCAGGCCCCGCUCACCGCCCUCUAUCCUUAGAGUCCCAUCCGAGGGCACCGGUGGUCCCUUCCCUCCCCCAGAGCGCACCACCACGCUCACCUUUGGACGCUAACAGCUGGAGCGAUAGGCUGUCAGUUGAGGCAGGGUGGGGAUGCCACAGAUCCACCAUGACUCUUGAAUAGAGGGCGAUGGAGCGGAGUGGUUCUUUGGGGCCUUUUUUAGCACAUUGGCAUGGGAAGCCACAAGGGGGCGGAGGUGAGGAGAAGAAAACAAAAAAAUAUAAAUUUACAUGGCUAGAUGCCUUUGGCAUCUGGCACCCGGAAUGUGACCAUUAUGAAGGCUGAUGCAUCCUGGGAGUUCUGCUAUCAUCUCUCUUUAUUUUUCCAAACACUUCAAAGUGGCCCUCCUGCUCCCCUCCUCCUGGCUCUUGGGAAACUUGAAACGUGAUGCAACAUGCAUGACACGUUAACAUUAACAUCGCUUUGGUUACAGCUCUGGCCCAUACAGCGACAACAUUGUAGGGUGCCUGCACCAGGGAUUGGAUAAUGACAGUUCUUUCACGCUGUGUUUGGAGUGAAAAAGGAAUGUGCAAUAAACAAGGUUUCUGGAGGAAAAUGAAAUGAGGGAGAUAUAAAGAAAGAGAAACAUCAUGAUACAAAAUCAUGUUUACCAG